GCUUCUCCUCACAACCCCUGUGCUGCAGACCCUUCCCCAGUUCCUUUGCCCUUAUCUGGACAUGCUCCAGCCCCUCAACAUCUUUCUUGUAGUGAGGGCCCCCGAACUGCACACAGGAUUUGAGGUUUCAGGGAGCCAUGUGUGUAACCAGUAUGGAACAUCAGGUUCUUUGCCAGGGGAAAAAAAAGAGUUCCUGCAAAAUGGACCAGACUUACAAGACUUUGUCACUGGAGAUUUGUCCGACAAGAACACAUGGGCUGAGUAUAAAGGCAAUUUAAAGCGUGAGAAAGGAGAAAGGCUGCAUCUUCCUCCAUGGCUGAAAACAAAGAUUCCCAUGGGAAAGAACUACAAUAAACUAAAGAAUACCUUGAGAAGUUUAAAUCUUCAUACGGUAUGUGAAGAAGCACGUUGUCCCAACAUUGGAGAAUGCUGGGGAGGUGGGGAAUAUGCCACAGCGACAGCUACUAUUAUGCUGAUGGGUGACACGUGCACCAGAGGCUGCAGAUUUUGUUCAGUAAAGACUGCAAAAAACCCCGCUCCACUGGAUCCACAGGAGCCUUACAACACAGCCAAGGCUAUCGCGGAGUGGGGCUUGGACUACGUGGUGCUGACUUCAGUGGACAGAGACGAUCUACCUGAUGGUGGAGCAGAACACUUCGCAAAGACAGUCUUGCAUCUGAAAGAAAGGAAUCCAAAAAUCCUGGUGGAAUGCCUAACUCCCGAUUUCCGAGGGGACCUUAAAGCAGUGGAGAAAGUCGCCUUGUCGGGGCUGGAUGUGUAUGCCCACAACGUAGAAACGGUGCCGGCACUGCAGAGGUGAGCAAUAGCUGGCUUCGGGUGUACGGGAUGAGGGAGCGGGACCGGGCUGUGGGCCGGGUGCGGAG